AUGGAUAGCGAUGAGUAUAAAAAAGAAGUUGAAGCAAAUGUAAAGGCAGAAAAACUUUUACAGUUGCAAAACCAAACCGUACAGUAUGAAAACUUAGCACAAGAAAGUAAAAAUAACGACGCGGCUAUGCAAAAGGCAAUGAAAAGCGCAGAAUAUAUAAAAGCUAACAAUGACUGGUUAGAUGCCCAAGCCAACGCUAAAGCAGCCCAACUCAUAGGGUCAAUAAGGACAAAAAUACAAGCGGAUGAAGAUAGUUCAAAUGAAGCUUUAACAAAUGCUGACUUUAAGAACGCCUUCGAAGCUCUUCAUAGUAAGGUGAAACUAGUGAACGACUUCUCAUCUGGAAAGAAACUGAAGUCUGAAGGUUUCGACAAAGAGUUAAAAGAAGUAGCACAAAAUAUGACGAAAAUAACAGAUGCAGCAACGAGACAGGCAGUUCAAAGUGCCUAUGACGCCGUUAGAGCAACUGUUGUGGAAAGUCAAGAAAAAGAGUUACAACAGACCAAAACAGACCUAGUAAAUGCUUUCUUAAAAACGAAAAGUCAGGUAGGACAUUAUGCUGCAGAUGGAACAUAUGUGCCAGCUGGUGGAACUUAUAUACCACCAAACCCUCCAAGAGAAGCACCUGCACCAGGACUACCUAACACAUUUACAUCGUCACAUGGACAUAGACACAGGCAUGCACCACAACAACAACCAAAACCAACACAACAACCAACACAACAACCAGCACAGCAACCAGCACAAACAGAGCAAGGACAUAAAAGAAGUAGAGAACAAGGAAACCAAGAAUUCUUAAAAAUGCUUAAGGAAGAGUAUGGUUACCCAGAUACUCUUGACUUUAGUGACAGAUAUAAAGAAGCUAUUAGAAAGUUCAAGGAAGGAAAUACUGACCCGAACCUAUUUAGCUUUAUGGCUCAGCACCAAAUGGGAUAUAAUUUCAAACCUGGAAAAUACAAGCUCGCUAAGGGAUAUGAUUUAAUAGCAUAUCAUCCAAAUGACAUGAAUGAAUUUACUCCGAGAUAUUUGGU